UAAAAUUACAAAUAUAGCAUAGAAGAAAAUUAUAAUCACAGGUCACUAUGGGAUUGCAUUCUCAAUUCAUUCCGACAAUUUUGCUUAUAUUUAUCUCAAUAUCAAUAUCAAUUUCUAUCUUAGAUGUAAAUUUCCCAAUAUAAAAAAAAAAACUGUAUGGAUCAUUGUGGAAAUGUAAGUAUUCCCUUCCCUUUCAGCGCUAGGGAAGGCUGUUACUUUAACGAAACAUUCUUAGUCACUUGUAAUGACACCCACUAUGAUCCUCCAAAACCAUUCUUGACAAACUCAACCAUCCAAAUCACAAAUAUAUCUCAGGAAGGCCAAAUGCGUGUCUUGCAAUUCAUAGCAAAAGACUAUUAUUCUCGGAAUGGCACUAGAGUGUUAUAUCAAGAUCCCUGGAUAACAGUGUCCAGAGGCUUCAUGGUCAAUAAUACUGCCAAUAAGUUCACCGUCAUUGGUUGUGAUACUUAUGCUUAUUUAUUUGGUUCUCGGGAGAAUCGGAAUUACGAGACAGGGUAUAGUUCCACGUGUGACAACAAUGAUGAUUUGGUCAAUGGCUCAUGUUCUGGUUUAGGCUAUUGCCAUAUGUCUAUCCCGAAACAUGUGUGGGAAGUUGAGGUGACAUUGCAUAGCUUUAAUAAUUUCACAAAUGUGUGGGACUUCAACAAUUGCAGCUAUGGUUUUCGAGCUGAGGAAAGUGCAUUCAAUUUUUCCACAAGUGAUCUUUCCCGCCUAAGGAAUGUAGAAAUGCUUCCUAUGGUGGUUGACUGGGCAGUUGGAGACGGAACUUGUGAGGAGGCUCGAAAUAACAUUUCUAGUUAUGCAUGUAAACGUGUACAUUCUAAGUGUUAUGAACCUGCUAAUGGUUAUGGAUAUCGUUGUUUUUGCCAGGAGGGUUAUCAAGGAAAUCCCCAUACCUCUAUCAUGGUUGCAAAGAUACUGAUGAAUGUCAAGAUCCAAGUCUCAACGAUUGUGAACAUAAAUGUGAGAACAUAUUGGGGAGUUAUAGAUGUGUUUGCCCGAAAGGUCAUCAUGGUGAUGGGAAAAAAAUGGCAUAGGUUGCAUUCGCAAUGAUCAAUCGCUCGUCUUCAAACUUGUUGCAGGAAUCGCUACAGGAGUCGGUGUUAUUCUGCUUGCUGGCUGUUGUUUAUACUUGGAACUCAAUUGAAAAAAGUUGGUCAUGAUGAAGUGAAAAUUCUUUCUUCAAAAUGGUGUGUUAUUGUUGCAAGAACAACUCAUUAAAAGAGAGAAGUCAACAAAUACAGCAAAAAUAUUCACAUCCACUGAGCUAAAGAAGGCAACAAACAAUUUCCAUAACAGUAGGAUUAUUGGUCAAGGAGGAUUUGGAACAGUGUAUAAAGGCUUCUUAUCAGAUAAUCGAAUAGUUGCCAUUAAGAAGUCCAAACAAGUUGAUCCAAACCAAAUUGACCAAUUUAUCAAUGAGGUGAUUGUUCUUUCCCAAAUCAACCACAAAAUGUUGUUAGGCUCCUUGGUUGUUUUUUAGAGUCAUAGGUUCCUCUCCUAGUUUACGAGUUCAUCAACAAUGGUACUCUUUUUGAGCACAUAAAGAACAAAACAAAGGCACGCAUUCUUUCUUGGGACAAACGCUUAACAAUAGCUGCAGAAGGUGCUGGAGUUCUUACAUAUUUGCACUCUACUGCUUCUCUUCCAAUCAUACACUGAGACAUCAAAUUGGCUAAUAUUCUCUUAGAUGCUAAUUUCACAGCAAAGGUCUCAGAUUUUGGAGCAUCAAGAUUGGUUCCUAUGAAUAAAACUCAAUUAUCUACUAUGGUGCAAGGAACCUUUGGAUACUUAGACCCUGAAUACUUACAAACAAACCAAUUAACUGAGAAAAGUGAUGUUUAUAGGUUUGGAGUAGUCCUUGUAGGGCUACUAACAGGAAAAAAGGCAUUAAGUUAUGAUGGACCAGGGGAGAAGAGAAAUUUAGCCAGCUAUUUUCUUUUAACAUUGAAACAAGGAUACUUAUUCCAAGUUCUUGAUGAUAAUAUUGUGUGUGAAGGAAACAGUGAAUAGUUAAUAUCAGUUGCUAUGCUCGCAAAAAGGUGUUUAUACGUUAGAGGAGAUGAUAGACCUAGUAUGAAGGAAGUAGCUAUGGAACUUGAAAGUCUGAGACUGUCAGGAAAACACUUAUGGGUACAAACUGAAUCCGACGCAGAAGAGAUGGAAUCUCUUCUUUCUAUGGAAUUGAAAACCUUUGCAAAUGGUGAGGACAAUAGUUCAGGUACUGUAUAUGACAGCAUGAGGGAUCAUAUUAUUCUACCAAUGGGUGGUGGCAGAUGAUCUAAAGACAACUACCAUUGGGAUAUCCAGGAAGAGACAGAAUCAAUUAAUGGAAGUGGUUUAUAACAAACUUUGUGAUUCAAUGAUUUUCAUUCGUUGAAGUGGAUUGUAAAUUAUUCUAUUAAAUGUUGUAAUAUAUGUUGGAUUACUCUUGUCCAUUACUAUUUAGUCCAACAUACUAAUAAAAAGAAGAAAAAAUUGUAUCCAAGAAAAACAUUUUAUAA